CAUUGAGGACUUUGGGCCUAACAUCCUUGUUCGAUUACUAUCAUCUUUAUGUCAUAGAAAGACCACCCUUAUAUCGAUGGGCAUGAGUUGGCUAGCUACUUGUCUAAGUACUCUUUAUUUAACAAUGUUCAAUUCGUCUGCCUCUGUGUCAAUCAACUCUGAAAUGGAAGAUAUUCGGAAAAAUCUUCAAAAGAUACCAUUUAUUCCACUUUCGGAUGGNACAUACAGCUCAGUGGAUGAAGGCACUAUAUGGUUGCAGUCCAAUAAUUUAAACUCAGGGUUUGACGAAGAGCAUAAAAUUGAAGCGUUCCCUAAUAUAUGUGCUAAACUAAGGACUGUAAGUCCUUCCCUUUUCUCUACAUCUUCUGGUACUCUGAGCUUGAAUAUGAUUUUUAUGGACAAUAUUACCCAGUUACUUCAGGGUAUUGGUGUUCAACAGCUNUCUGUACAUGAUAUAGUGAAGCUGCAUAUUUUACCUGCNUUGUCNGAUGAAACCAUGGCAAACAAAAACAGAAUGUUAAUGGUGGAAUAUGUAUGUUUUGUAAUGCUACACCUGAACUCCUCCUGUUCUGAUUGUUUUACUGAAAGCGAUNAUAUAAUAUCUGAGUUUANAUGUAAAUCUUUGUUAUUGACAAAUUGUGGUUUCAAGUGUCCUGCCGAUACACCAAUUCAUUUCUGUACUGGAUUUGGGAAUCCUGUUACUCCAAAAUUGCUGGCUGACUGUGUAAAUAUGACGUGGCAUGAGGUAGACCUAAUCUAUUUAAGCCAUCCAGUAAAUGAACCAGCUUCAUCUGCAGCGGUGAAGUGGAGGAAUUUUUUUGAGAAGAUUGGCAUCACAGACUUUGUUCAAAUAAUUCAGGUUGAUAAGAGUGUUGUUGAUAUAGGUGAUGCCACAUUUAAGCAGGUGAUGUGGGAUAGGGGUCUAAUAUCGGCUGAAUUAUUAGUCAAAGACUGGGAGUCCCCAGAAAUAGUGCAAUUAUUGUCCUUGUUGUCUAAAGGUGGCAAUCUUGAAAAUUGUAAAUAUCUCUUGGAGGUUCUUGACAUGUUAUGGGAUGCUUGCUACAGUAAUAAAACAACGGGUCAUUUCUAUCCUAAAUCUACUGGGGAUGGCCAUCCCUUUAAGUCUACAUUUAUAUGCAGCUUGUGUGAUGUCCAGUGGGUGGUUUCAACCAUGGAUACAGACAUACACUAUCCUAGGGAUUUGUUUUAUGAUUGUGAAACAGUCCGGAUGAUCCUAGGAGAUUUUGCACCGUAUGCUGUUCCAAAGGUGAAAAGUGAAAGAUUGGUAAAAGAUUUUGGGUUUAAGACUAGGGUUACACUUGGUGAUAUUUUGGACGUUCUUAAGGCCUUGAGAAAAUCAUCGAAGACUCUAUUCAAGGCAAGGUAUGCAUGUCCUUUACAGCUUUUACAUAUGCAGUUUAAUUAGAGUUGUUUGAUUAAC